GCGCUUCUCUGACCAACUGUUGCGGACGAGAUCAUCGGCGUCGACGACAGCUUGAUUCCGGGAUAGAACUAGUCAGCUCACAAACCCUGCAUGCGUUGGGUAUAUAAGGGACAAGGGAUGACAGUACCACUCCGAGUAGUAGGGAAGGCUGUGGCUGCGCCCAGAGCGAGCAUAAGGAGGGAUAUGUAUGUGGUGGUUCGCAUUGUUUCUUUGCUGUGGCUUGGUCUCGUGUCUGUUGGUUUAAUUGGGAUAGGGACCUGCUGCGUGCUUUUGCUGAGGACCUGGAGUUAUAUAUGCUCUACGGUGAGAAGAAUGGAUGCACAAGCUCAAUUCAUGAGGGUACCACAGCGAGAAGCAGAACAAUCCAUUCGGAUGGUAGAUUGCAGAUCGAGUGCUGUUCUGGUGUAUUGCGGUUAAGACUCAUUGGCUACGGCCAAUCCGUCGAGUGCGUAUACGCAAUUCCUCGUUCUCGGUGAGCAUUUUCAUGCAUACAGACCUAUAUGGAAUAAUGUGAAUACGAGUCUCUGGGUGUCGAGCACCAUUCUGCAAUAUUACAGCAUCAACUUAUG